AUGAGCUCUGAAGAUCGGCUCGAAACUAUCGUGGAUAUUUGCAGAAAGACAACACUGUCUAAAUCUGAACAACUUAAUCUUUCCGUUCAUGACUUUGAAUCUUUUAUUCAAGUUGAAAUAUUUAAAGAAAUUGAUCAUCGAAGCGUGGAACAGAGUAUAUUGCGCUGA